AUUUGAUACACCUGUAAUCUGUUUAACUUAUUACAAAUUUCAUCAAUUUUUUGUUUGUUACAAUGAUUGGUUUUUAUUUGUAUUUUUGCAUAUUACUUUCAUACUUAAUAUCAAACUGCAGUAUGGCAGAGGACAACUUGAGUACUAGUGGCUGCAAUGCAACAAACACCUUUCCAGUAGAAUGCUCAGCAUUGCGUGAAAAUUUUUUUGUCAUGAUAAAAUCACAUCCAUGUAAAAUUGUGAAAAUUUCACCACUUACUAGAACUGAGGUUCGUGUUACUGGAAUUGAUGUUUUAUCAUCCCAGAAGUAUGAAGAUAUCUGCCGUUCAACCAUGGAUAUCGUCGAAGUCGAGGAAAAAUAUUAUACAUUAUUAGAUAUACAUGACGGUUAUUUUUCCUUAUUGUCUCGUGACGAUCGUAGUAUACUUCGUAACGAUCUUCCACUUCCAAAAACUGAUUUGGCCAAAGAAAUAACUGCUGCUAAAUCUAAGAAACUAUCAAUUGUUAUUUUUUGUCUUUAG